GAGUGGGACAGGGGCAGCUAGGGCUGGAGUACCGGUAUGGACGUUUCGGGGCAGGAGACUGACUGGCGGAGCGCCGCUUUCAGACAGAAGCUGGUCAGUCAAAUUGAGGAUGCCAUGAGGAAAGCUGGAGUGGCCCACAGUAAAUCUAGCAAGGAUAUGGAGAACCAUGUGUUCCAGAAGGCCAAGACCCGGCCAUCAGCAACUACUUAUCUACUUCCUGUUGCCAUGGAUUUGCCCACUGUGAACUUUCCAUGUAAAUGCAUAUAGGACCGGUGCUUACUCCAUGAUAUAUUGUUGAGCCUCUGAAGACUUGUACUGUACACAUCAAGCAAAUGUUCAAAGUUGUGAAGUUUUUCUGUAUUAUUUGGUGACGAAUACCUUUCCCUCGUGGCCAGGCUCAUUAUCCAUUUUCGAGACAUUCAUAACAAGAAAUCUCAAGCUUCUGUCAGUGACCCCAUGAAUGCAUUGCAGAGCCUCACUGGCGGACCUACUGCAGGAGCAGCUGGAAUUGGCAUGCCUCCUCGGGGUCCAGGACAAUCCCUGAGCGGGAUGGGUGGCCUUAGUGCCAUGGGACAGCCAAUGCCUCUCUCUGGACAGCCACCUCCUGGGACCUCUGGGAUGACUCCUCAUGGCAUGACUGUAGUAUCCACAGCAACUCCACAGACCCAGCUGCAGCUCCAGCAGGUGGCACUGCAGCAGCAACAGCAGCAGCAACAACAGCAGCAGCAACAGUUCCAGCAGCAGCAGGCGGCACUACAACAGCAGCAGCAGCAGCAGCAGCAGCAGCAGCAGCAGCAGCAGUUCCAAGCACAGCAGAGUGCCAUGCAGCAGCAGUUCCAAGCUGUGGUGCAGCAGCAGCAACAGCUGCAGCAGCAGCAACAGCAGCAACAGCAUCUCAUUAAGUUGCAUCAUCAAAAUCAACAACAGAUACAGCAGCAGCAACAGCAGCUACAGAGGAUGGCGCAGCUGCAGCUGCAGCAACAGCAACAGCAACAGCAGCAACAGCAGGCUUUGCAGGCCCAUCCACCAAUACAACAGCCACCCUUGCAGCAGCCGCAGCCUCCCCCUUCCCAGGCCCUGCCCCAGCAGCUGCCACAGAUGCAUCACCCACAGCACCAUCAGCCUCCACCGCAGGCUCAGCAGCCCCCAGUGGCUCAGAACCAACCAUCACAACUCCCCCCACAGUCACAGAGCCAGCCUUUGGUGUCACAGGCUCAAGCCCUUUCUGGACAGAUGUUGUAUGCCCAACCACAGCUGAAAUUUGUCAGAGCUCCAAUGGUAGUCCAGCAGCCGCAGGUACAGCCUCAGGUACAGCAGCAGCCAGCAGUGCAGACAGCACAAGCUGCCCAGAUGGUGGCUUCUGGAGUCCAGGUCAGCCAGAGUGGCCUCACUAUGCUGUCUUCACCGUCACCUGGCCAGCAGGUGCAGACUCCACAGUCUAUGCCCCCUCCCCCACAGCCAUCCCCACAGCCAGGCUCGCAGCCCAACUCAAAUGUCAGUUCCGGUCCUGCCCCAUCACCCAGCAGCUUCCUGCCUAGCCCCUCACCUCAGCCUUCCCAGAGCCCAGUGACAGCACGCACCCCACAGAACUUCAGCGUCCCCUCCCCUGGACCACUAAAUACCCCUGUGAACCCCAGCUCUGUCAUGAGCCCAGCAGGCUCCAGCCAGGCCGAGGAGCAGCAGUACUUGGACAAACUGAAGCAACUAUCCAAGUACAUCGAGCCCCUGCGCCGCAUGAUCAACAAAAUUGACAAGAAUGAAGACAGAAAAAAGGACCUGAGUAAGAUGAAGAGUCUUCUGGACAUUCUGACUGACCCCUCAAAGCGAUGUCCCCUGAAAACUCUACAGAAGUGUGAGAUCGCCCUGGAGAAGCUCAAGAAUGACAUGGCAGUGCCCACACCCCCACCACCCCCAGUACUACCGACCAAGCAGCAGGACCUAUGCCAGCCGCUCUUGGAUGCUGUACUGGCCAACAUCCGCUCACCUGUCUUCAAUCAUUCCCUGUACCGCACUUUUGUGCCAGCUAUGACAGCCAUCCAUGGCCCUCCCAUCACGGCCCCAGUGCUGUGUACUCGGAAGCGCCGUUUUGAGGAGGAUGAGCGGCAGAGCAUCCCCAAUGUGCUACAAGGGGAGGUGGCCAGAUUAGACCCCAAAUUCCUGGUGAACUUAGACCCUUCUCACUGCAGUAACAAUGGCACUGUCCACCUGAUAUGCAAGCUGGAUGACAAGGACCUCCCAAGCGUGCCACCCCUGGAGCUCAGUGUGCCUGCUGACUACCCUGCCCAGAGCCCGCUGUGGAUCGACCGACAGUGGCAGUAUGACGCCAACCCCUUUCUGCAGUCAGUGCACCGGUGCAUGACCUCCAGGCUGCUGCAGCUCCCCGACAAGCACUCAGUCACAGCUCUGCUUAACACCUGGGCACAGAGCAUCCACCAGGCCUGCCUCUCGGCUGCCUAGCCAGGAACAGCAGGGACAAACAAUAGCCUCGUCCACUCUGUGGAUCCACGCUGCAUAUUGGACCUUUCUAGGUGUUGGGUUCCUUAGAGAGCCUGGGGUUAGGUUAGCUUUCCUGCUUUUCUCUUCUGCCUUGGGGUCUCCCCAUACUUGUACAGUACCGGGCCAGCUGGCUGUGGAGCUGGCUACACGGAGAGGGUUCAGGGAGGGGUCUUCCUAGAGAAAAUUCUCCAUACCACACCCUCCGGGGAGUCAGACCGGUGGGCCAUGUUCCUUGCAGCCUCUCCGGGCUCCCUGUUUACUCUGGGCAGCAUGAGGGAGAACUCAGGGUCUCACCCAAGCAUCUUGUGAAUUAGCAUACAUUCUACUCAUUUCCAUAGGACAUGGAAGAGAACAUAGGAAAUCCUGACAGCACAACUCUCUGGUCACAGUGUUGGGUUCAGGGCAUGCUGCUUGCGGCUUGUGAAACAUGGCCAGAGAUGCUCUGGGACUUGGGUCCCAGGCUCCAUUUCAGAGGGAAGGCCAGCCUCCAGGCAGCAAAGGAGUCCCUGGCCAUAGGUGGGUAUCAGGCCAUGUGUUCUGAGGAAGCACGGGUAGGAGGGUCAAAGGAGCCUAUCCCUGGUAUGCCUGUGUCACUCUUGGCGAAGGGUGCCUGAUUCCCGCUGUGAGGGAUGAAGACUGACCAGAUGGGUACUGUCCUUGGGACCUGGCAUCCUUGGAAUACCCUGUUCUGUGCAUCACCCCUAGAGUGUGGACUCCCUGUGGGAUGCAGCUACACAGCACCUUUGUGUAUUGCCUGCCACACUGAACAGCAGCCAGCAGUCCUCUGGUGACAAGAAGUUCCCUUUUUAUAUGUGCACUACCCUGUCAUAUGUGGUUCCUAUAAUAAAUUUAUUAUUCCCA